AUUAGCUGUCAUUUCAAGGCAGGGCGAAAAACUGAAAAAAUUAGAGAACUUGCAAAACCUGAUAACGAAAAUUAAAAAAACACACAACUUUUUUCUGCAGCUACCACUUUACAAAAAAACAUAAUUAUUUUUUCUCAAUCUCGUAUUGAGAAACAAUAUAAUAUUAAAAUUUUUAAAGCGUGAAAAUGUAAUUGCAAAAUUAUCUUGUUGAAACAGCCAAAUCCAAGUCCGAAAGAACCGAAUUGAGAACAAAGGGUAGAGCUAGCACCAAUUCGCAACACAACCCAACCAGUGAGAACUUUAUUAUUUUUAAUUCGGGAAAAUUAAAUUUUUACCUAAAAUUCAUCAACAAAGUGCGUUUUAUAAUUUCUCAAUAUAUAAUAUUUAAUCAAGUUAAAUAAAGCAACAAUACAACAAAAAUCAAUCGUCAUCAUCAUAAUAAUUAAGCCAGAAGCUUAACAAAAUAAAAUACAAGUGAAUGUCGUUUGCAUGCAGUGAAGAAAAUGGUUUACAUCUCUAGCAGAUUCACACAUGAAAUGCGUUCCAUUUGUUAAGCUCUUCAAAUAAGAGGCAUCCGACAUCAGUCCUCAAAAGUUAUUUCAAAACAAUCGAAUCACAUCUUUUUUUGAUAUUUUUUCUUUAAUAUUCACCAAUUUAAAAAAUCCAUUUUCAAAAUGCCAGCCCAAUUUUUAUUUAUCGUGGCAUCCUAUUGCUUAGCCCAAAUAGCGCAGGGGAAUAUCUUAGUCUAUCGAACCCAGUCCAAUCAGUUUUUACAAGAAUUUUAUGCUUUGCCUGCUCAAUUCGGUGCAGAGAUACCAUCAAAUGGAUUGAAUGUAUUCGGCAUAGAAGGAAGCGAUAAGUAUGGUUGUAACCCAUUAAAAGGACCCCCAACUAUUCAUCCAAAAGACCUUUAUGCUGUUAUUAUUCAAAGGGGAGAUAGUUGCUCCUUUGAAAAAAAAGUACGAAAUGCCCAAGAAGCUGGCUUUAAUGCAACAAUAAUAUAUAAUUCGGUAAACGAUGAUAAUUUGGAACCCAUGAGUGCAAAAAACCAAACUGGUAUAGAUAUAGUAGCGGUGUUCGUUGCUUUUUCAACUGGUAUAAAUCUCAUUAAUGCGUAUUCAAAUAGGGAAUCGAGAUUGGUAAUAAACGAUGAUCUGCCCUUUAAUAUCAAUACCCAAUUAAUUCUGCCAUUUUCAAUACUAAUUGGACUGUGUUUUCUGAUAAUGAUAUUCUAUAUGAUAUAUAAAUGUGUCAGAGAAGAGAGACGACUUAGACUUCAUCGUUUACCAAAAAAAAUGCUUAAGAAAAUUCCAAUAACUAAAUUUACCAAAGGCCAACCAUACGAAAUGUGUGUUAUCUGCUUAGAUGAUUUUACUGAAGGCGAAAGACUUCGAGUGCUGCCUUGUGCUCAUGCAUAUCAUAGCAAUUGCAUAGAUCCAUGGUUAACCAAAAAUAAGCGCGUAUGCCCAAUAUGCAAACGGAAGGUUUUUGCGAAGGGCGAAACGAGAGCAAGUCGGAGACGGCAGUCUUCAUUGGAUAGUCUGACAGAUACAGACGAUGAUACAACACCUCUAUUACGUCAAGGUGAAAGUACAACAGCACCCAAUAAUCACGGAACCUUUUCUUCAGCCCAAGAUGAUGAAGAAGCUGCAGGAACAGUUGCUUCAGCCGAUGGGGACAUUCUGUCAUCGGAUGAUGAAAAUGUACUAUUGACCAACGACUCACCCAGUCACAGUUCAACCCGAGUAAAUCCAUUUGAUCGACAACCGAUUUUGCCAUCCAAUCUAGAAGUUAUAUUAAAUGGCCGGCUCUCUGUUUGGGAUUAUCCAAUUUUAAGGCUUUUCCGCAGACGAUCAUCGAAUUCAAUUAGUAUAGCAGCGCCACCAAUGGUCAUACGAAGUAGUACUACAAUGCCACGCUCACGUUCAGAGCCAAAUGCCCCUAUAAAUGGUGCAAAUACUUCUUCAGCUGCAGCCAGUAGUAGUAUCCGAGUAGGAUCACAUCCAACCUCGAACAAUAUUCUAAAUCCAAAUCUAAGUGGCUCAUUUAAAGAAGAUGAUGAAAUGGAAGCACACCAGAGUAUUUAUGAACCGAUUUCAACCCAAACACCGUCCGCUGGAGCAUCAACCACAGACUUAAUGGGGAUAACUAUAAUGGGAAGUAGUUCAAGACAAACAUCUGACCAACUAAAUGGUCAACAAGAUUCUGUAUUUAUUCAAACUCCAUCCCAGGGUGGCAUCGGUGUAGUUGCUCUUCCCAAUACAAAUCACCGCAAUCCAUAUGUUCAGAAUCGUCAAUACUUCACUUGAAGUUAAAUUAAAAACUAGCUGAAACAAAAGAAUAAAUAUCGAAUGGGGGAGUAUCUCCAUUUCGUGUACCUUUUAACUUCCCCUCCCUUCUUUAAAUGUGCUGUCGUAAACAGAAGGAGAUAAAUUGUGAUUUAAGUUAGUAAUUGUUAUUGAUUUAUUAUUAAUAUGCUAAUAACUCAUGGACCCUUAUCUAUAUUAUAAUCCUCUACAUAUUCUAUUGGCAUAAACUACCUACCUACUCAAUUUGAGUUUAAUAUUUUUAUUGAAUAACAUCAUAUGCUUUUUAAACCUUGACUUGAUUAUUACCUUUUUAUUUUUUGUGUUUAAUAUUAUUAAGGUAUUGCCAAGUGAAAAAAAUAAAAAUAAAACAAAGGAUCGUAAAAAAUUAAUCAUGAUGACGCGAAAAUCGUGUUUGUAAAGUAUUUUUUUAAAUUCAAUUACAAAAAAAUAUAGAAUUUUGGUAGAAAUAAAGUAGAAUAAAACUCAUAAUGUAUUUGAAAUUGACGUAGAUGACGUUAUGAUAAUGUAAUGUAAUUAAUCAUUGUAAAAUAUAUUUUAUCAUUUAUAAUACAUAUAUAUAAAAAAAAAUAGCGCGAUUAGUUUCCACCUCAAGAAAGCGCCAUUCGUGUUCGUUUCACAAAAUAGGGAAAGGAGCAAUUUAUUUACUGUUAUUAAAGUCACGAAGCGAAAAAAAAAAUAAGAAAAUAUUUUCUUAUUUUUGUCUUGUUUAUGAUUGUAAUCAUAGUUUUAAUAUAUAAAAAAAGAAGUGAAAUAAAAUUAACUGUAAAUGUAA